UACGAGUAUGCUAACUGUUUAGUGUGUAGGUGUGUGCGUGGAUCUAAAAGGAACGACUACUCCCUGGACACCGAACUCAACCAGUGUCCACCAUAUUUGCACAUUCAUUUGCUUCUGUCUGCCCUUCUUGGGUAGCACUGAUGCUCACCUGCCCACUUCUUUCUUGUUUGGAUGAAACGCAAGAAGAGUCGCCACAAAUUAUUAGCAGUUGAUUUCCUUUCGAACAUCUCGUUUGAUGGAUAUUAUCCAACACGUGUUCCAGCGAAUGUUAAUUUGGACGAAGGAUUGACUUCUGGAAAGCACUCGGUCGGCUCCGAGUCCAAUACUUGUACGAAACAAACGAAGCAGUCAGCUGAAUCUUACAGAGACGGCCAAGGUUCACGGAAGUUCGCAGAAGCCCAUCAGAUCCAACGGUUCCUCAAUGAAAAAUUGGUUGCAACCUGCACCCGCCAGGCAGAUACAAGCGAAACUGACGAAAGCGCCCCGAGACGUCCCGGGCAUGGCUCUAUCUCAAGUGUUGUCUCAGGUGACAUAGUUCAGCAUGCGUCAUUGGAGUUUUUCGAGUGCAGGCAGCCUUCCGUCUUUGCUGUCUCCCAUCCUCGGACAACGGCUAGAUGCAAACCAAACGGUGUACAUCGUGCAUUGGAUCACCGGGCCUUGUGGUCCAACUUGCAAUCUAGACGCUUGGCUAUCUGCCCCAAGGGCUUCCCCAAAACCGUGUUGACGGUGUUCUCAGUCAUUUGCCACAAAAAGUCUCUUGGGAGAGGUCGGCGCCCUUCGGCGAUUCAUUACCGGAGCUCUGUGGAUAGUGAUACUAACCCAACUGUGGCACUCGCUGCAUCCUCUCAGGCUAAGCAUUCUUCCGCCAGCACAAUUACCAGGGACCAUACGUCCAGUUUGAUUGGAUCAGAUCCGGUUCGUCCCCUCUCUUCGUUUCGCCCCACGGGUGAUGAGGUACUGUCAUUUGCCGCAUUCUUGCAUCCCCGUCCUAAUUACUGGACACCUACGGGCUCCAGUUUCCCCGUCUUGGGCGGUCGUAAUUUCACUUCUACAAUCAAAGAGGUCGACUGUUUUCUUUCGACCAAUACCGAUUCUCACUCGCUUCCCACCGGUGCAAUGACAGAAUAUCCUCUGUCCUCGGUUUGGCAUGCGGCCGCUCCUGCUGUUGUCGCUAGUGCUGCGGGAUAUCGACAUGGUUCAGCUUUAGGAAACUAUCUUCCCUCUCGCCGCACGCACUUAAUCAACCCCUGGUCUCGACCGGCCCGGCAGAGAAAUCCUAGUGGAACAAGCAUCGGUUCAGCGAAUGCAGUGAACGGGAUAAUCUAUCCCGACCCUCUGACGUGGUAUUCACCGUUGUUGCUUGAUGACCCUGAUCUACUUGUAGCCACUGGGAAGCAAGUGUUCCAACUUCCAAACUACCUAACUAGUGUACUGAUCUACACUCGACCCACCGAGCAGAAGCGGGAUGUCAAUCGCGAGUUCCACGAACGAUUUCCACUGAUUCAACUCACACUAACUAAGCUACGGAGCAUCAAGGCGCUUCUGGUCCAUAUCACCCGCAAGUUAUCUUUCGACUUCUGGAUUGCUGCCCAUGCUCACAUCCUGUUCGAAAAGUUGAUUUUAAAGUUAUUCGUGAACAAGCAGAAUCGUCGCCUGUGUGCUUCUGCAUCUCUACUCAUCAGUGCCAAGUUGAACGAUGUCAAGGGCAGUGAUUUGAGCACACUGUUUAUGGAAUUGGAGAACAACUUUCGCAUCUCUCGCCGUGAUUUAAUACACGCGGAGUUGGACGUGGCUCUGAGUUUGGAAUUUUGUCUGAUCCCAAGUGAAUCGGAAAUCCUGGUCCAUUGUUCUCGAAUCUACAAGAACCUGGAUCUUCCUCAACCUUAUCCAGUUCGUUGUUUUGCGCCCCCAUCGAUUCCCCUCCAGUCUAGAGCAACCGAGUCAUUGUAGCGAUGUUCAUUCUGUGAUUUUCAUCCCAUUAUCACUUCCGGAGAGUGUUUCUGAGUUUUUUCUUUCUUCUUCCGCGCUGUUUUUUUCUCGAAACGUGCUGCCACGAAUCGCUUGUUCUAUAAUUUACCUCCUGUGGAUGUACGUACCCCAUUUUCGGUGCAAAUUUGCGCAAUAUUUCGUUCUCUUCAGUGGCCCUUCUUUUUGUACAUUCAAUCUAUGGUAUUUCACCGACCCCUCAUUGCAAAGCGGUUUCUGAGUUCCAUGUUUAUCGCAUCUCGAUAAACCACGUUUGUUUAUACUUGCAAAUGCAUUUACCGUGACAGUCGUGGAAAAGUCUGGUUGAUAUUAACAUCGGGUUAUGUCCAGCAAUGCUUCGAAUCUGGCGUUCUACCCAUCUCAGCUUGUACCGAUGCUAAUACUGUCUUGAUUCAUGUUCGGGUGUAUUUUUUGUUGUUGCAUUCUGUUUGCUUCGUGUUCUCGGUCGAAAUUUUUCAAGCGUUGGAUUCAGUGAAGUGCGC